GGGCUGAGGAUUUCCUCACCGGCCCGCCCAGCCCCCAUGUGGUCCCAGCAGUGGGAAGGGCUGGGGCUCGUGUGUUAGAGCCUGGAAGCCCCCAGACUGGUCCGAUUGUCCCCAUGUCUCUCGCCAUGAAAGCCCGGCAGAAGGCGAAACGGAAAGGGGCAGCCAAGGACCGGGUCUUUGGGUGUGACCUGCUGGAGCAUCUGCAGCAGUCUGGCCAGGAAGUCCCUCAGGUGCUGAGGAGUUGCACAGAGUUUGUCGAGCAGCACGGCAUUGUGGACGGGAUCUACAGGCUCUCUGGGGUCUCCUCAAACAUCCAGAAGCUGAGGCAGGAGUUCGAUGGUGACCGCUGCCCCGAUCUCAACAAGGAUGUGUACCUGCAGGACAUCCACUGCGUCAGCUCCCUCUGCAAAGCCUACUUCCGGGAGCUCCCCAACCCUCUCCUGACCUACCAGCUCUAUGACAAGUUCGCGGUGAGUCUGUCCCUGCAGUUGGAGGAGGGACGGUUGGUGAAAAUCAAAGAGGUGCUGAAGGAGCUGCCAUCCCCACACUACAGGACCCUGGAGUUUCUGAUGAGACAUCUGGUUCGCAUGGCUUCCUACAGCUCCCAGACCAACAUGCACGCCAGGAACCUGGCCAUCGUCUGGGCGCCCAACCUGCUCAGGUCGAAGGACAUCGAAGCCUCUGGGUUCAACGGCACAGCUGCCUUCAUGGAGGUGCGGGUGCAGUCCAUAGUCGUGGAGUUUAUCCUCACCCACGUGGAGCAGCUCUUUGGAAAUGCCCCUCUCUGUGGAAGUGACCGUGAGAACCUCCGGAAAUCCCUCCUUCUGUCCGGCCUGGGGUUUCCAGGAAUCCACCCCGAUUGCCAGACCCUGUCCUACAAUUUGCCUGCCAUGCUGAACCAAGGGGACGGCCCGCCGCAGAUCCGAAGUGACCGUGAGAACCUCCGGAAAUCCCUCCUUCUGUCCGGCCUGGGGUUUCCAGGAAUCCACCCCGAUUGCCAGACCCUGUCCUACAAUUUGCCUGCCAUGCUGAACCAAGGGGACGGCCCGCCGCAGAUCCGCCCUUACCACACCAUCAUCGAGCUCCACGAACACAAAAGAAAAGGAUCCCUGAAGGCAAAGAAAUGGAGGUCGAUCUUCCACCUGGGCAGAUCCAGCGCUGACUCCAAACGCAAGCUGGCCAAGGCGGAGGAGAAAGAUGAUAAAUCCAUUAAAGUGAGCUUGCGCCCGGCCAAAAGCAUGGACUCCCUCAGCUCCAUGCCGGAUGCUAACGAGGAUGAUGCCAGGUUGGGCAGGAAGAGGUCACAGAAGCAGGUCCUCCAGCGCCGAGAGAGUUUCGACAGCCCCUCCUCCCGGGACGAGAGCUUCCUGGAGUCAGAAGAGCAUCCCGACGGGAAAUUCAAGGGCGAGGAAGGGCAGCAAAUGCUGGAGUCUGAGGGUGAAGCCAACACCAAAUCAGAGCCCACAACCCCCAAAGCUGGCCGGGCCUCGCUGGUGGGGGGCGUCCCACAGGGCCGCUCACCCAAGAAUGCACGGAACCGGGCAGAGAAGUGUGCUGGGGUCCAUAUCUCCGUCCCUUUCUCGGUCACCGUCCCGUUCCAUAUCACCUCCAACAUCACCCUGUCCCGCCUGACCCGGGGGCUGGAGUGCCCGGCCCUGAGCUACUGUUCCUUAGACAAGGAGGCGCUGGAGAACUCGGCCAAGGAGCGAGAAGCAGAGGAUGGACUGGGCGCUAAGAUCCCCCUCACCAAAGACGAUCACAUGGCAGAUACACAGGCGGCAAGUGCUCCAGACACGGAGGAGAACAGAUUGUCUCUGGAGGUACAGGACUCCUUCUCCUUUCUAGACAACCAGGACAGCUGGCAGGACUGUGGCACGGAAGGCGAGCAGCCAGAGAAGAGCUUGCUGGAAGAGUCCACCUCCGACUGUACUGGGGACAUGCUGGAUGGCUUCUCGGGAAUGGAUGAUGACAUGGAGUGCAGGUUCAUGAAUCCGGAGGAGUUCUCGGUGGAGCCGCCCCUGGAGUACCUCUCCAUCGAGGAGUGCAUGAACGAGGAGCAGUACUACCUGGCCCCUGGCUACGCCGACAUCGAGGAAAUCUCUGAGGACGUGUUCCUGAGUGCCUACGAUGACUUGAGCCCCUUAGCUCCCGAGUUAGAGAAGCUGCGACAGUUCGAUGCAGAGCACACAUCAGAGCAGGCACAGGGUGGAGAAACGCCUCAGGAGCCGUUGUGCCACCAGCCCAUGAGACCUGCUCAGGAAGGGUCAUUACCUAGCAACGCCAAUGGCUCCUCUUCGUCUAAAGAAGGCAGCCCUGCCAAAGCGCCUCUACCAGAUGGUCUCCAUGCUCCAGAACCUGCCAAGCCAUACAAGAGCAAGGAGGCUGCCAAAGAUCUCGGCGGUGCCCUUCGCCAGCCACAAGGGCCUGAGGAGAACGUGGCUGAAGGGGUGGCCGCCCAGCCCAGCCCAGCCCUCCAGCGAGAAGACAACACAGAGGUAAUAGAGGGGGAUGGCCUGGAAGCCAGCUGCUCGCUGCGCAGAGCGGGCCCUAGCCCACACAGAACUGAGCCCCCCAUGGAGAUAGUGCCAGCGGGGGAGCACCACAGCUGUCUGGAGAGCGCAUGUCCCGCAGCCCAAGCCAGCCAUGAUGGAAAGGAGCAGGGGCAGGCCCCGAGGCUAAGGGAAGCAGAGCUGGCUCUGGGUGCUCAAUGCAGGUCUGUCCAGGAGGUCGACAGAUGUGCCCCAGAAGAAGAGAGAGAGCAGGAGGACCAAAGGCAAACUGCUCCUCCUGCACCAGAAACCAAACAGCCAGAGAGUGGAAAGGGCUCACCUCAGCCCCUCACAACGGAGGCCACCCCUGGCUCCUUGCUGGGGUCAGUGACUGAGGUCGCUGCUGCCCCCAUGUGUGAGAGUGGCCCUAUGGCCAUUGCCCCCUUUCUAGAGUCAGACCUCGAGGCCGCUGCUAUCCCCCCAUAUCCAAGUGAUCCCCAGGCUUCCAGCUCCUUGCUAGAGACAGACCACGAAGCCCCAGCCGCCCUUGUGCAUGAGAGCGGCCCGGAGGCAGCUCCCUUGCUCAGCACUAGCUUGGAGGUGACAUCCUGGUCAGGCCCUUGGCUUGAGGCUGCCCCAUCACUGGGGAGCGGCCCCACAAGCCUUCCCCUAGAAUCUGGACCCCUGAGGCCCACACCCUCUCCCACUCCCCCCAAGCCUGACGUGCCUGCUGGGGUGCGCCCCGAUGGCAGCGCCCCCAUGAGAGUCACUGCCAGCAACGUCAGAGUCCAGCAAGUGAAGUCUGUCCCCGUAGUGCCCCCCAAGCCCCAGUUUGCCAGGAUGCCUCCUACCACGAUGAUGUACCCAGGUGAGGCAUCCACGUGGCCCAAGCCCUCUGCCUCAGAGAAGAGCUGCGACGGCACGUGCCUGCUGGGCCUGGGCGUGUGCUGCAGACACACAGAGACCCUGGUGUCCAACGAGGAGCCACCCCCACCCAGCGCCCAGGAGAAGUGCCCCAGUGGCAUGGAGAGCCGCGAGCCUGCUGGGGGCUCUCUCCAGAAGCAGAGGCAAGCCAGCUGGCGUAAUGGUGGCAGCAUGUCGUUCGACACGGCAGUGGCUCUCGCCAAGGAGAGGCACUUGGCCCAGGCCCCCGUCCGAAGGAUCCAGACCUAUUGCGUGGGAGAUGGUCCGGAGAUGCAUGGCAGUGCCAAGCUGGAGAAGCCCCCGUCACUCCCUAGGUCUGCCCUAAAACCUGUGGGACAGCGCCCUCUGCGGCCACUGAGCUGCACCGGGGCACUACUGUCUCCAGACGCCCUGGCUCUGGGCAAGCCCCCAACCCUGCCUGACACGGCCUGCGACCCGCUCCUGUCGCCUGGUCGGGAGCCGCUUUCCUUCACCCUGGAGCCCACCGCACGGAGCAGGCUGAGCUUGCCCAGGCUUAGCCAGCGGCCGUCCGACACGGAAGAGGCAGCGGGGGCUCUCCUGCAGCAGCGGCGGUCGCUGGCUUUUGAAAUGAGGGACGGAGGCGGGACGGCAUUGUGAGCGAGCGGUGGGGACAGUUCCAUGCUCCUGGGUUGCCGGGGGCUGCCAGAUCUCAACCAGUGACCCAGCAGGCUGCUGUCUUAAUGCAUCGCCUGGUUCCCGCUGCUCCGAGUCCAGCCCUGCUGUGGGUGGCUGGCACCGGAUGACCGGGACCGGGUGGGUUGGGUUGUGCAGCAAAAGAAACGCCGUGUGCCUCAAGGAAGAGGAUCUACCUUCUGGGAGCAGGGUCUCUGAACCACAAUGGGCCACGUGGGCCCCAGCCUCCGCCAGAGCGAACGCCGCUCAGAUGUGAUCGCUGAGUCAGCUCUUCCCUCAGCGUCUCAUUUUCAGCAGAGAAGAGAACUCUGGCUCCUCCAGCCAGUUACCUCCACUUCCACCAGGGCUGAACCACAACAAUCGUGCUCUUGGCUCCCCAACCCCUUGGCCCCUUUUGCUUUUAGGAAAUGGACAAGGUGAGAAUGUUCCUCUCUCCCAAAUUCAACCCCAGGACUUUUCCCUGCCUCCUGUUAGUCUGCUGCCCUUAGCUGCAAAGGCCAACUGGAUAUGUCACAGACCUACAGCAGUCAGGUGGGUUGUACGGUAAUGGGCAGCAGCCAAGGUAUGCUGCUGGAGCCAUGCAGGACAAUCUGCUGCUUAGAGCUAUCUCCUUGUAAUUUCAGAGAAACCACCGGCACUAGUGCUGCUUGUCCCUUAUUUACAGUCACUAGGCUCACCAGAGAGGCCAAGGAAUGAGCCAGCCCUAAUAGCUGGGCUCCUUUCUGAUGCUCCCUUCAGGGCAGGGUUAGCAAGUGGGGAAUGUUGUGUCUCUGCAGCCCAGCCUGUCCCUUUUCUUUGGGCAACAACACUGCCGAAAGGCCUAGAAAAUCUAUGGUAGGAAACGAGGCUAUGGCCGAUGGCCUAGAUGAGAUAUACAGGCACGUCCAGCUCUAAUUUUGCAUCUUCCUGCCUUUAAUAUGAAAGGAGCAGCUGAGUCCAGGGGCGGAUUGUCCCGGCAGGAUACCAGGCAUUUCCCGGUGGGCCGGCGGCCAAAGGGCCAGCUGGCGGCUGCUGGAGGAAGAGGGGGAUUUGUGACGGAGCGCCACAGCCCCGCACUUUAAAUUUCCCAGCGCUGUGCACCGGCCAU